AUGAUAGCAUUAAAUGAAAGCCACGACCAGCUAGCUACCAGUCACGUGGAGGUCCGUGAACUUGCUGGCACUCUACGACUGCCCCUGGCACUCUACGACGGCCCCCUGGCACUCUACGACGGCCCCUGGCAUUCUACGACGGCCCCCUGGCACUCUACGACGCCCCCUGGCACUCUACGACGGCCCCUGGCACUCUACGACGGCCCCCUGGCACUCUACGACGGCCCCUGGCACUCUACGACGCCCCCUGGCACUCUACGACGGCCCCCUGGCACUCUACGACGGCCCCUGGCACUCUACGACGCCCCCUGGCACUCUACGACGGCCCCUGGCACUCUACGACGGCCCCUGGCAUUCUACGACGGCCCCUGGCACUCUACGACGCCCCCUGGCACUCUACGACGGCCCCUGGCACUCUACGACUGCCCCUGGCACUCUACGACGGCCCCUGGCACUCUACGACGGCCCCUGGCACUCUACGACGGCCCCUGGCACUCUACGACGCCCCCCUGGCACUCUACGACGGCCCCCUGGCACUCUACGACUGCCCCUGGCACUCUACGACGGCCCCUGGCACUCUACGACGCCCCCCUGGCACUCUACGACGCCCCCCUGGCACUCUACGACGGCCCCCUGGCACUCUACGACGCCCCCCUGGCACUCUACGACGCCCCCCUGGCACUCUACGACGCCCCCCUGGCACUCUACGACGGCCCCCUGGCACUCUACGACUGCCCCUGGCACUCUACGACGGCCCCUGGCACUCUACGACGGCCCCUGGCACUCUACGACGGCCCCUGGCACUCUACUACGGCCCCCUGGCACUCUACGACGGCCCCUGGCACUCUACUACGGCCCCUGGCACUCUACUACGCCCCCUGGCACUCUACGACGCCCCCCUGGCACUCUACUACGGCCCCCUGGCACUCUACGACUGCCCCUGGCACUCUACGACUGCCCCUGGCACUCUACGACGCCCCCCUGGCACUCUACGACGCCCCCCUGGCACUCUACGACGGCCCCCUGGCACUCUACGACUGCCCCUGGCACUCUACGACGGCCCCUGGCACUCUACGACGGCCCCUGGCACUCUACUACGGCCCCCUGGCACUCUACGACGGCCCCUGGCACUCUACUACGGCCCCUGGCACUCUACUACGCCCCCUGGCACUCUACGACGCCCCCCUGGCACUCUACUACGGCCCCCUGGCACUCUACGACUGCCCCUGGCACUCUACGACUGCCCCUGGCACUCUACGACGCCCCCCUGGCACUCUACGACGCCCCCUGGCACUCUACGACGCCCCCCUGGCACUCUACGACGGCCCCUGGCACUCUACGACGCCCCCUGGCACUCUACGACGCCCCCCUGGCACUCUACGACGGCCCCCUGGCACUACGACGCCCCCCUGGCACUCUACGACGCCCCCCUGGCACUCUACGACGCCCCCCUGGCACUCUACGACGGCCCCCCUGGCACUCUACGACUGCCCCUGGCACUCUACGACGGCCCCUGGCACUCUACGACGGCCCCUGGCACUCUACGACGGCCCCUGGCACUCUACUACGGCCCCUGGCACUCUACGACGGCCCCUGGCACUCUACUACGGCCCCUGGCACUCUACUACGCCCCCUGGCACUCUACGACGCCCCCCUGGCACUCUACUACGGCCCCCUGGCACUCUACGACUGCCCCUGGCACUCUACGACUGCCCCUGGCACUCUACGACGCCCCCCUGGCACUCUACGACGCCCCCCUGGCACUCUACGACGCCCCCCUGGCACUCUACGACGGCCCCCUGGCACUCUACGACUGCCCCUGGCACUCUACGACGGCCCCCUGGCACUCUACGACGGCCCCUGGCACUCUACGACGCCCCCUGGCACUCUACGACGGCCCCUGGCACUCUACGACGCCCCCUGGCACUCUACGACGGCCCCUGGCACUCUACGACGGCCCCUGGCAUUCUACGACGGCCCCUGGCACUCUACGACGGCCCCUGGCACUCUACGACGGCCCCUGGCAUUCUACGACGGCCCCUGGCACUCUACGACGGCCCCUGGCAUUCUACGACGGCCCCUGGCACUCUACGACUGCCCCUGGCAUUCUACGACGGCCCCUGGCACUCUACGACGGCCCCUGGCAUUCUACGACGGCCCCCUGGCACUCUACGACGCCCCCUGGCACUCUACGACGGCCCCUGGCAUUCUACGACGGCCCCUGGCACUCUACGACGGCCCCUGGCAUUCUACGACGGCCCCUGGCACUCUACGACUGCCCCUGGCACUCUACGACGGCCCCUGGCACUCUACGACGGCCCCUGGCACUCUACGACGGCCCCUGGCAUUCUACGACGGCCCCUGGCACUCUACGACUGCCCCUGGCAUUCUACGACGGCCCCUGGCAUUCUACGACGGCCCCCUGGCACUCUACGACGCCCCCUGGCACUCUACGACGGCCCCUGGCAUUCUACGACGGCCCCUGGCACUCUACGACGGCCCCUGGCAUUCUACGACGGCCCCUGGCACUCUACGACUGCCCCUGGCACUCUACGACGGCCCCUGGCACUCUACGACGGCCCCUGGCACUCUACGACGGCCCCUGGCAUUCUACGACGGCCCCUGGCACUCUACGACUGCCCCUGGCACUCUACGACGGCCCCUGGCACUCUACGACGGCCCCUGGCACUCUACGACGCCCCCCUGGCACUCUACGACGGCCCCCUGGCACUCUACGACUGCCCCUGGCACUCUACGACGGCCCCUGGCACUCUACGACGCCCCCCUGGCACUCUACGACGCCCCCCUGGCACUCUACGACGGCCCCCUGGCACUCUACGACGCCCCCCUGGCACUCUACGACGCCCCCCUGGCACUCUACGACGCCCCCUGGCACUCUACGACGCCCCCCUGGCACUCUACGACGCCCCCCUGGCACUCUACGACGGCCCCCUGGCACUCUACGACUGCCCCUGGCACUCUACGACGGCCCCUGGCACUCUACGACGGCCCCUGGCACUCUACGACGGCCCCUGGCACUCUACUACGGCCCCCUGGCACUCUACGACGGCCCCUGGCACUCUACUACGGCCCCCUGGCACUCUACGACGGCCCCUGGCACUCUACGACUGCCCCUGGCACUCUAUGACGGCCCCUGGCACUCUACGACGGCCCCUGGCACUCUACGACGGCCCCUGGCACUCUACUACGGCCCCCUGGCACUCUACGACGGCCCCUGGCACUCUACUACGGCCCCUGGCACUCUACUACGGCCCCCUGGCACUCUACGACGGCCCCUGGCACUACUUGGCACUAUAUUUAACAUUAAAAGUUAAAAUACAAUUAUAUGAAUAUUUUGUAAGCAAUUUUUGA